GUUCAAUGCGCACACCAACGCGGUUCCAGUGGCCAUGGCUUUGGAUCAGCCCCGCGCAGCGCGCAUUUGGCAGGUUUCGCUUCUUUCAGUCUUGAUUGAAUUCGUAAUUUAUGCAUCGAUUGCCACAGCUGGUUAUUUAUCCUUUGGAGCUUCGACAAAGCAAGAUUUUAUUCGGAAUUACCCGGCCGAUGAUGGCUGGAUGCUGCUGGUCCGCUGCGUGUACUCAGUGCCGGUGAUCUUCGGGGUGCCGAUCAAUUUGUCUCCUGCAGCCGCCUCCAUCCAAGCCUUAGCAGGCCGCCUCUUCUUGCCGAGCCAGCUCCUGGCGUUCGCGGACGUGAUUGGGUUGUUCGGGGCAUUCUUUGGCACGGCCACUGCGUCCCAUUUUGACCUGAAUGAGGCUAGAUUCGUUGACGUAGAGUUGACCUUGUGUGACAAGGUGAUUUGUCUCGUGUGGCCUCUCCGGAUCUACCAGCGAAACUUGGGCAACGGGAGCGAAGCUGCUCAUAAGAUGAAAGUCCUCCCCAAAGUGAUGAAGACGUUAGAGAUGUAA